GUCCAUUGCAGGGCUUGAAUACACUUAGCUCAGUCAGUGGUAGAAGGCUUUGCCCUGCCUGGCCCAUACAAAGUCCUGAGCUCAAUCUCUACCACAGGAGGGGGAGAGGGGGACAACAGUCUGUGUGCUUGUAUACAUCGAGGGGGCUUCUUUCCCAGCUGUAGGAAGCACUUCUUAACCACUCCCCCUUCUAUAAUCUCAGCUUAGUGUUGUAUAUAUAAUGGGUGUCUUGAGGUAAGGUCUGCUUACCAGUAUAUGGCUGACCAACAUGCUCCAGGGAUCUCUGACUACCAUGCCUGGCUUCUGUGAGUUCUUGGAAUGUAUUGAGUCUUUAUGUUUGUAAGGCAAGCAUUUUGCUGACGGCGCUGUCUCCCUAAACCUUGGAUCUUUGUUUCUAAAUCAGUUGAAGAAUCAUGAACUUUGUUUAAAAUGGAAAUUAGUGAUAUAAGUACAUUUAAAGUAACUCUGCCUCUUAGGUACAUACAAAGGAACCUGCUUAUCUCCUAGAGAUCUGAAUGCUAAGGAAACGGGCAUUAGAGCAUUAACUGGUGGGGGGUAUUAUUCUGCCUUGACUUGACAAUGGGUUAGUAUUAUUAAGAAUGUCUGCAUAUACAAAAUUGGAAACAGCUGGGUAUCAUGGUACAUUCUCUGUGAUCCCAAAAUUCGGAACACUGAGGACAGAUUAUAAAUUUGAAGCUAGCCUGGGCUACAUAGCAAGACUGUCUCAAAGAGGAAAAAUAGAUGUGUGGAAAGGCAAACCCAAUUUUCUCAAAAGCUGGAGCACAGGGCUUCAUUGUAAAAUAAGAGGUCAAGUUCAUCAUAAACAGAAACGCAAAGUUCAAACCCAUUUGAGACAAUAGGUUGGUGCACUGCUGUGCUGUUUUGCUCUCUUUAGGUUGGGCCUGAGCUGUGCCAGGUGAGGGAUAGGCGUUCAUGUAAACUAUGAAUGACAAAGAUCGAAAGAAUUCAAGCCUAAGCAAGAGGUGUGAGCAUACGUACACUGUGGUGGGCAGUUGGACGUUAACAGUAUGCUGAACAUGAACUCUUGAACAAGGCCAUUAGUAAACAUGCUUGGCGAUGGCUAGACUAGUCAUCAAGGGGGGGGGGUGUGACAUGAGCCUUAUUUUAAAAAAUAAAACGUUGGGCAAAGGAGAUGGCUCAGCAGGUAAAGGUGCCUCUAGGCUUGAUGGCAGGAGUUCAAGUCCUUGGAACCCACAUGGUGGAAGCAGAGAACUAUGUUUUCUGACAGAAGUGGGGCUGUGGCAAUAUGCACCCAUGCUCAUACACAUCAAGUAAAUGUAUGUGUGUAUAAUCUAUUGGUGUGACUGCUGCAGUGAUCCAUACAUCCCCAAACUUUCUUACUAGUCUUAGCUUGCCAUUUAUGGGGAAAAUUCUGCCUUCUACCAGAUGUAGCUUCAGCAGUAGGAUUCUUUAACAUGGGCUCUCACAGUUUGAAAGUUCUUGUCAUUAAAACCUAGAAUAUGCCUUCUUGAGAUAGUCUUUUCCUUGACUUUUUUUUCUGGCAAGGUCUUUAUCCUCAGGAUGCAGGAAGACUCCCUCUUCCUCUGUGAAGUGCCGAGUCACAGGCCCAGCUGUAAGCAGCAUUUCAGUCAGUCCAGGGGACAGAGCCACUUCAGGUAAGGCCAAAUGUUCUUUAAAUUAGUUAUGUAAUUACAGGGUCCAGUUCGUAUGGGGCAAAAGGGGAUCUGGUACAGAUUUUUCCUUGGGAAACAUUGGGUAAAUAGUAUUGCUGUGUGUUCCAGUUAAUUCAGUGUCCAGAGUAAUUUUCAUUAAGCCGCUUGGCUUAGAAGCAAACAGCUCAUUAUUAAAAUAAUGUGUGCGUCAGAAAGACCAUCUUCAAAUUCUAUCUAUGUGACUUAAGUAACUUCGUGUGUUGAAGCGCUCAGCACACCGCCCUCCUCAUGCCUACUGCUAACAGAGCAAAGCGCAGAGACGCAUAGCAUAAAGCCUCGGGCAUUAUCACCUGCUCCACUGUGCUUGGAGGUUAAAGGAAAAUGUACUGUGUUGUUGGGUGUUUUUGGUUGUAAGAAAAUGAAUGGAGUGGGUCUUGCUGUUCCCUUCCUGGUUGUUGGGUAGAGCCAGCCCUGCUUAAGUCAGUAGACUCAGUAGCACAGCCAGUCUUCCCAGCAGAUACUACUUUGUGAUGACUGAACAUGACCGAGAGAAUUUUAAUUCAUUUCCUAAAGGGUUUAAGGUAUUCUCUCUGUAGCUUGAAGAUGUCCAAAUUCCAGUGCUCUAAACCGAGAACUGGGGAGAUGCUCGGUAGGUAAGAAUAUGUGCCCGGCAAGCAUGAGCUAGAAUCUCCAGCACCCACAUAAACUGAAUAGAAAAGUAGUUUAGUUUUUAAUCGGCCCUUGUAAUUACAAGAGUGAAGGGAGGUUUGGUUGUAUCUGGGCAACAUUCCAAGGCAGUGAGAAUGCUGGCCAAAGAGCUUUGCUUGCAGCAGAUGCGGGACUCCGAGAUCUGAUCUGAUCCUUGUGUCAUUGCCUUUCAGACAUGCUAAGGAGCGCCCUGUUGUGCACGGUGCUCGCACUCGUGCGUACCCAGACCUUCCCCUGCCCUAAAUCCUGCAAGUGUGAGGUCCGCGAUGCGGUGCAGUGCUCGGGCGGCAGCGUGGCUAGCAUCGCCUCGCUGGGUCUGCCCAGGAACCUCACACACAUGGUAUUCUUCCGAAUGGAUCAGGGCGUUUUGCGGAACCACAGCUUCAGUGGCAUGACAGUCCUGCAGCGCCUGAUGCUCUCAAACAGCCACGUUUCCGCCAUCGACCCCGGCACCUUCAAUGACCUGAUAAAACUAAAAACCCUCAGGUUGACGCGCAACAGAAUCUCUCAUCUUCCAGGCGCGCUCCUGGAUAAGAUGGUGCUCUUGGAACAGUUGUUCUUGGACCACAAUUCACUAAGGGACCUUGACCAAAACCUGUUUCAGAACCUGCUUAACCUGCAGGAGCUCUGUUUGAACCAGAAUCAGCUCUCUUUUCUUCCUGCUAACCUUUUCACGAGCCUGCGGAAGCUGAAGGUGUUGGACUUAUCUGGAAACAACCUGACCCACCUGCCCAAGGGAUUGCUUGGGGCGCAGGUUAAACUAGAGACACUGCUGCUCUACUCAAACCAGCUUGCGUCUGUGGAUUCGGGGCUUCUGGAUAACCUGGGCGCCCUGACUGUGCUGAGAUUGGACCGGAAUCACCUCCAUUCUGUCGCACCCGGUGCCUUCGACAGCCUCGGAAACUUGGGUUCCUUGACUCUGUCCAGAAACCGCCUGGUUUCUCUGCCACACGCGCUCUUCCUUAAUACCAGCCGCGUGACUUGGCUGACCCUGUUCGAGAACCCUCUGGAGGAGCUGCCGGAGGUGCUGUUCGGGGAGAUGGCCGGUCUGCGGGAGCUGUGGCUGAACGGCACCCAGCUGCGCACGCUGCCCGCCGCCUUCUUCCGCAACCUGAGCGGCCUGCAGACGCUGGGGGUGACGCGGAACCCGCGCCUGAGCGCGCUCCCGCGCGGCGCGUUCCAGGGUCUGGCUGAGCUGCGCGUGCUCGCCCUGCACUCUAACGCCCUGACCGAGCUCCCGGACGAUGUGCUGCGCGAUCUCGGCCGCCUACGCCAGGUGUCGCUGCGCCACAACCAGCUGCGGGCCCUGCCCCGCGCGCUCUUCCUCAACCUCAGCAGCCUGGAGACCGUGCAGCUGGAGUACAACCAGCUGGAGAUGCUGCCUGGAGAUGUGUUCGCGGCCCUGCCCCAGCUGACUCAGGCCCUGCUGGGUCACAACCCCUGGCUCUGCGAUUGUGGUCUGUGGCCCUUCCUCCAGUGGCUGCGGCAUCAUCAAGACCUCCUGAGCCGAGCCGAACCCCCGCAGUGCCAUGGCCCGGAGUCACGCGCGGGCCUGUCGUUCUGGGACCUACUGCAGGGUGACCCAUGGUGUCCGCACCCUCGACGCCUGCCUCUCAACCCUCUAGCCGAGAACACCCUGGAAGCCCCCGCCCCGUCCCAGCUGCCUCACAGCUCGCAGUCCCGCGCGUGGGUCCAACUGGUGGCCAAGGAUGAAGGUUCCGAUCACAGCCUCUACUGGGGUCUUUGUGUUCUGCUUUUAGUAGCUCAGGCCAUCAUAGCCGGGAUCAUCGUGUUUGUCAUGAUUAAAAUCGGCCAGCUGUUUCGAACAUUAAUCAGAGAGAAGCUCUUGUUUAAGGCAAUGGAAAAUUCAUGUAACUAAUUAAAACGUGACCAGAGUAGUGUGGACGGGGCCCCAGGGAGAAUCCAGUCAGGAUGCUGCGCCCUUCCGCCUUUUCCCACGCCCUCUCUUCUCUCCCCUGCUUCUCUCGGUGUUUGUUUCUUCUGUUCCCCUCUCCUAAGAUGUGCCUUUUGUAAAUCGCUACGCUUGCUAGCCUGUUCUCAUUUAGUUCCCUUCUCUGUUGUUAGCUUCGGGGUGGGGGUAGGAAACUUGGCUUGUGUUUGACUCAUCCGAUCCCACCCUGCGGCGCUUUCUUAGUUUCUGGGUUUGAGGACACUCCUAGGUGGGCAAGACCUUUCCUGCACCCGGCAAGGGUUGGGUAACAUUUACUGAUGGAACACCUGCAUAAAACGAACCCUAGAUCCCAGAAUUGAUGACUUUUCCAAGGAGAAAGCUGGAGUCUUUUUGUCUCUUUCUACUUGAAAGGAGAUUCAUGUCCGUUCUUUUUUGUUUUCAUUUCGGGUUUAUUGUGAGGACUGUUUAGGAGGGCCCUGGGUUCUGAUCCAGCAACGAAUUUUAGGGUAAGCCUCUUCUGUGAUGGGCUGAGCUAGAACACACAGGAGCUCCCAUCCCCACCCCCAGGGACAAGGGCCACUUCCCGGCACCCACUCCUGACCUGACUGGAAUGGCAUUUGCCACUGAUAUGGGGUUGGAAGCUCCCGUGUGUCCUGGCUCAGUCCAUCACAGAUUAGGCUUGCUCGGAAACAGGGCUCCCUCCACAGGAGCCAAAGCCUGGUUGAGGGGUUCCGGAACUCAUCUGGAGAAGCCAUGUGCCAGGAAGCUUGGGGAGCUGCUCCGUGUGUCCCAUUGGCCUCCUGGGAGUUUCCAUUGCUUUGCACCAGGGAAAUGUGUCAUUUGGUUCCCAUUUCCUAGAGGUAAACGCCACCUCAUUUCACAAGCAUUUAUGGAGCUGUGCCCGUGUGAUAGAUAGGUGCUCAUGAACGUAAUGAUAGCUUGGUUUCCACGGACAGUGCUUGUAGCACAUUCUCAUUUAUCCUUCCAAUUGAGAGCAAUUAAACCCUUGUUGCCUUAAUUGGCUGUCUGUGCUUGGGAGAGGCAGUGGUUAAACACAUGCACUGGGAACUGACAACUGCAGCUUCUGUCUCGGUGUCCCCGUGUACUAACCCCUGAGGACUUUGUACACACAUUUUGUAAGCCUGGGUUUCCUCAUCCCUGAAAGGGGACAAAACAGUGCCAGCCUCACAGGGCUGGUGUGAGACUUAAAGGUAAUAAAACCCACAAAGACUUAACCCAGUGCCCUGCGUACAGAAACUGCUCCAGGAACCAUAGUCCCUACUAAAGAGUAUACAGUUCCAUUCUCGUCCCACACCCUCUUUAUUUCUGAGACACUGUGUAACCCUGCAGCCCAGGCUGCUUCUGAACUUGAGAUCAUCCUGUCUGAGCUCUGGGGUUAUAGGGCUUGGGCUGCCACACUCAGCAGGCAUCAUGAUUUUUAAAGAAGAUAUUUACCCCCUCUGUAUAUAAAAGAGUAAACUUUCUCAAACAGAAGGUUAUAUCCAAACCAGUUAUAUCUAUCUGUCUGUAUCUGUGAUCUCAGUCCUGUGCGCUUGGGUUCUGCUCACAGGCCACAGCCGUGGAUCCUCCCAAUGCCAUCAGGGCUCGUGGUGGAGAAAGAGCUGGAUCCUGAAAUCUGUCUGCAUGUACUUCUUCAACACCAGCUUCAACUAUCGCCUCCUUGGUGACGCCCUCCCUUUUUCUCACUGUGUGCUUCCUGUAUGUGUUGCUUCUCGGGUGCUGGGAACCACCACCCUCAGUCUGGUCCUGUGUGUUAAUUUAGGGUACCGGAGCCACUUCUAACUUAAAAAUCCAGAAGUGUGUGUGUGUGUGUGUGUGUGUGUGUGAAAUGCGGACUCUCUAACCACUAUUCUCUGGGGCACGCUUUCUCCCAUGAAGCCUGUUUUGUUCACCUGUAGGAUGAGGGUAAGAGUUGUCCCUGCUUUGAGGUAAUAGAUAAAGACAGUGGGUUGGUCUCUGGGGCCCAGUGGCAGCUGUUUUGAUGAGCUAGUUUAGAGCCCACGUGUUCUAAUGUGUCUCCCUGUCUCUUCAUGUGUGGUUCAUUUGGCAAAUUGAUUUACUAUUCUAUACCAAGCUCUCUGGAAAGUAGAGAGGCAAAGCCAGGGGUGAAACAAAAUGCCCCUUCACUUCUACGGGGUUCUUCCCUGGGGUCCUACCAGCCGUGAGGUUGUCCCAACUCCAGGACAUUCAGAACCAAAGUGUGGAGGACAGCUUCAGACAUUUCAGCCAGCUUCAUGACGUAUUCAGACUUCUCUCUUUGAAUGGCCUCAAACUCACAGAGAUCUGCCUGCGUCUGCCUCCUGAGUGCUGGGAUUAAAGACGUGCGUCAGCACUGCCUAGCACUUGAUUCAAUUUUUAAACAGUGUCAAAACCAACAGAUUAUGUUGGAAGCCCUGUGUAAUCGCUUCCUCGACUU